AUGGCAACGCCUAGACAAGCGUCUCAUUUGGAAGUGAAGGAAGAAGUGUGCUAUGUGAAAUUCAGGGAGGAGAAGAGCUACAGUUUGGAAUCUGGGCCUCGCAAAAUGGACCCAAAGACGAAAAGUGUCAAUCCUGCUGCUGUGCAGGCACUUCUGAGGAGGCAGCACCUUGAUGCUCAAAUGAAAGAAAUGCAACAGAAGAAACAGAUGCAGGACCUUCUGGCCAAGAGAGUUGAGAUGAAGACGGACAGUAGGGCACGAGCCAUGGCUUCACGUACCAAGGACAACUUCCAUGGCUACAAUGGGAUCCCAGUAAUUCAGAGACCUAAGAAGAGGAAAUCAAAGUUUGAAAUACAAGAAGAAACAAUGAAAAAUGCAGGACAGUACCAGAAUGGAGCCAAGCGUGUCAAACAUACAUAUCACCCAGAGAACAGUUCAAAACCGGAGCCAGCUCCACUAAGAGCAGAUAAAAUCAGAGAUGUUGGUGAGAGUAGUAGAGAAUCCUUCCCCAAAAAGCAAAAUGAAGUACCCAAACACCCACGACCUCCCAUGAAUUAUACAGAGUUAAUUAAAUUGGCAGAACAGCUGCAGUCUGUACCAGCUGAGCUAAAACCCAAGAUGGUGAAAAAGGAUGAAAGGCCCAGAACUGCUGAGGAGAUAAGGGAGCUGGAGGUGGAACACAAGGCAAAAAGGUGGGACAAAGACAGAGACCCUCAUGCAGAGAGAGAAGGGGACAGCAGGUGUCAUUCUGUCUCUAAGACAAUGAAAAAAGGCACAUCAGAGAAGGAGCAGAAGCAUCUGAAACCACAACGGAGCUCUGCAGAAAGUCGUCUGCCCAGUUUGUCAGAAAAGAAAUCAGACUCAACACCAAAGAGUGAUCAAGGGCCAACUUCUUCUCAGGCUUCUAAAAUAAAGACAUCUCAUGAUGAUAGAGACAGAUCCCAGAAGAAUAUGUCAAACUCUUCUGGUAUCACAAAUUAUAAAAUCCCCUUAAAAGCAACAUUCCUUCCUGGUUCAUCCAAACAAGACGUCCCCAAGCCCUCAUUUAGCCAAAGAUCUGCUCCAUCAAGUCACCUUGACCUCAAAAAACAGAGUGUACCUCGAAGACCUGCAGAUAUCCAUGAGUGUUCAUGGAGCCAGACAGGGACCCAAUCCACAUCCGGACACGCAGCACAGACCUGGUGGACCACCAAGACCAGGAAUGAUGAACAGACCACCAGUGUAACACUGUUUCCAGUGUUGUCACCAAUUACGUCUGUGUACAAGAGAAAGUCUGAGGAUGAAGAAGAUGAAGCUGAGUCAGAAAAGGGGGAUUUUAUUGAAGAUGACGGUGAACCACAGCUUGACAUUUCCAAACACAUUCGAGAAAUCUUCGGCUAUGAUCGAACCAGAUACAAAGAAGAAAGUGACCAUGCACUGAAGCUGACAGAGAGCAGCUGGAAAGACGUGCAGAAAGAAGAAGCCCAGAGUUUGAGAUUAGCUGUGCAGGAAGAUCUGGAGGAGGAGAGAAAAAAGGAGAAGAAAAGCAAAGAAGGCCAAAAUGACCUGAAACCCGCCUUUGUCCCUGUGACUCAGUCUGUUUGGAGCCUUUCUUCUCCUGAACAAGGAAAAGAUGGAGACGAGUGA